GAACCGCUCAGGCUCGGCGCAGUUUGAUCGUGCACAGCAGCGAGGCAACAUCGUUCGUCGUCUGUUGUAGAGUCUUCCGUUUCGCGGGUCCGAGCUUUUAUUACGGGUGUUUGCGCGCAAACUUUAUGUGAGUGGUGUUUUCUUUCCUCUGUUUUUUUAUUCGCUCGCACUUUGGCUGUGUGCGGGAUCUGUUUAGCCGUUGGAAUUUGCUCUUCCAAUUCCGUGUACACUGUGGGCAUGUGUUUGAGUGCAGGUGGUGUGCAGCGCUUGCAAGAGCAUAUUUUGAUUGCAGCGUUUUACUGUGUGCCCCCCGCCGCUGGCGCGUGGAGAAACUCCGAACGGCAGUUUAUGUUUUUCUCGUGUACAAGUGUGCGUUUAAGUGUGCGAAGAAAAGUGUCGUCCAUUGCGGUGGCUUUCUCUGUGGGAAAUGGAGAUCGCUGCACUGAACUGUAAAUUGAAAACAUCAGACUUUUUCAGUUCAACUGUGCUGCAAACAAUGAGCAACGUAAUAUGAAGAGCAAUUUUUGUAUUGGUGUGUUGUGUUCGUGCUCUGCCCUAGCCAAUGAUUUUUAUACCAACGAACCAGAUCGUACAGCUAAAAUGAAUUCAUGCAAUUGUUUUAAUGAUUUUGAGUUAAACUAAAAUACACAAAAACUAGGCCUGAUUUGACAGCCCCUUCAGCUUGUCAUGUGUGUCUACCCUUUAGCCAAUGGCUCAAUAUGCACGCCAAUGCGCCUUUGGUUAAUGCCUCAUCGAAAAGCGAAAGUGAAUGCAAGUGAAAACAAUUCGUGUUUCAGCCUCUGCUAAGGAAAUUUCUGCUUUACAAUACGAAAGGUGCAAAAACCAAUCGCAUAAAACGAUAGAGAAGGAGAAAAAGAGACAGAGAUAGAUAGAAACAAAUAAAUGUUGGUGAGGUUACAAAGCGAAAUAAAGUGGUGAUGCAAAAAUGAUAAAAAUAAGCUAAACAGUUAAUACUCUUUGAUGUUUUUAAACGUUGAUACUCGGUAUAUUAGUUUUUUUUUUAUUUAUUUUGGAUGCUAUAAAAGCCCUCAAAACAUCAGUAAGGCUGCAAACUAUAUAAAUUACAUGCAACUCGGACCAAUGCUCUGGUGAGAUUGAGUUUUAUGUCACUUACUCGAGAAGCCCCAUAGCGCAACAGAGAAAUGAUGAUACACCAUUAUUUCUAAUGUUCGCCUUUCUGUAUCUUCAAUUAUAUUUUUACCAAACCAUGGCAUUCAACAGCGUCCGUCCAUGGGUCACCUACUUUCGCAACAAUGUUAAUGCACCCGGCGGACGAAUGCAUUUUUUACGCAAAUAAAAAAAACCAACAGAGAAGAAGCUGCUUCAUCUUUGGUUGGUGUUGGGAGCCAAUUAUCAAUUAACGUCUUGGUUAAUUGGCUUGCAGCGAAAUGAUUUCGUUCGACUGCACGGGUGCCAGUAGGUGUUGCAACAGCUUAUUACAUUUAUAUUGCUCCCACAUCGGCAUCCAAUCAAUGGCUUAUAAUUAUCUCCAACUGUCCGGCUAGGAGGGGUACAGAUUCUUUUUUCUUCUUAUCUAAUCGUGCAAAUUUCUGAUACUGAAAUGACUGUAGAAACGACGUCGUUAGUAGGUCGUUCAUUAGAGCGACACAUUUCGAACCAUUGUUUGUUCAUUGGAAUCGAGAUGAAAAUUGUUCUGCCGCGAUACUAACGAUACUUACUUUGUUGUCAAACGAAUUCAAUAACAUAAGAAAUUUCAACUAAAAAAAUACUGUUUAACAGGCGUUAGAAAAGUAAUGCUAAAAACUAAAACUACAUUAAACAAUGCAAUGAUAGUAGCCAUGAGUAAAAUCCAACACACCAUACCGAUAUCAGAGUCAAAGAAACAUGCAAAACACUAUUCAUAGCCACAUUCUUCUAAUGCAACCGAUCGAACCUACAUGCAUGCACUGGUUGCGAUCGCCCAGGAAGGAAGAAUGCAUCUACAUCAACAGUUGCAAUAAAAAAUCGAUUCAGUCGUGUCGAUCCGGAUCGGAUGCAAUCGGUGCCCGCCCUAAAAACCUUGGUCGGGAGUGUACAAACAAACAUCAGACACCCCUCCGAGCCCCGAGUUUAUCAGAACGACCUUGGACGGGGAAGGGGUAAGCAUCAAAGCAAGAAGGCGUUCGAUUAUGUCGAUUAUGCAGCCGGACGAUCGCAACUGCACCGCCCAAUGCCGCAACGCGGUAGGAUGAGUAUCGAUGCGGCUGCUAACCUUGUUCUUUGGUUGUUGUGGUUUGCUGCAAUCAUCCGGCCAACCAGUUGGGCUGAUCAAUGUUACAGUAUUUUUUGUAUUGUUGCUUCUCUCCCUCUUUUGUUAAACAGAACAACGUGGAGAAGCGUGAUGUAAUUGUACUUUCAUUGCAGGCAGUUACCACCGCACGGCUCGGCAAGACUUUUGCGAUCGGCGAUCGGAUGGGCGGCUGAAUGUGGGGCAAUGUUUAGCUUGGGUUUGUUUUUGCAGCAUGAACUUUACACGCGUGCGAUAAUGUUGCUUACGCUAUGAUGGGAGAGAGAGAGUGAGAGAAAAUGUGUGUAACAAUAACAAGGUUACUUUUUCCAGCUGCUUCUGGCAAUUGUAGUGCGGACUAAUGUGAGAAAAGAUCUCAUUGAAAUGAUACGUUUUUGUGGUUUUAGUUUCGCACAAAACUAAUCUUGUCCAACAGAUAUGCAAUUUAGUGAAAAUCCUUGACACAGUACUUUCUAAACUGUGCAUCUUGUGGGUCGCUCAGGUAUAUCAUUACCUAUUACACGCUAUCCUGCAAGUUCUUAUCAAGUGCAAGUAUGUAAUCUUAACCUUCAAAUCAACAAAAACCAGUUUAAUUCAGCCCUGACGCACCUACUAUGACAAUUAACCCGGGUAAUUACAAGCGAACCUGUUCAGGGUGGACCACUUUUGUCUAUCGAGCUUCGAUUACAAUAUGCAUUACCUGUGCAGCAACACUUUCAUGUGAGCGAUUCUAAUGACGGAUCCAGCCACUGACUAUGGCCACUGUUAGAACUCACCUUUUCCGUUAGUCUCAAUAGCCUCGCUCAACCCUUGGUUCAAGGUUAAAUAUGGACAGUGGUUAUGUGAUUACCAUAACCCAUAUAUUGCACACCGUAAAGGAUGUAACUGCGACGUGCAGAACCCGCCGGUUUACGACGAUUUACGUCAAUCGAACCACGAUGGUAACCAGUUUCCCGGGAACGAUCGGGACGUGACGAUCGUGGCGUGCUGGAACUAUUUUAGCUGUUUUUUUUGUGUGGAAUUUUUGAGUGUCUGGUCAAAACAACUGGCAGGGGAAACAGAAGAUAUCAUCAAAAUAAAAAAUGAAAACGUCUGUCAUUGACUUUGUGUUUGAUGUGUGCGAUCAAGUACGAUGAUUACGUAAUUUGAGAAGCACUUUGAAUGGUUGUUGAGACAAAUCACUUCAGACACGGAACUCACUGAAGAUCUUCUUGAGUCAUGAUCAUCAAUUGUGUGUGCUGUAUGGAUGAAGAGGAGUGAUGGGAUGUUAGAUAAGUCCAUUUUUUACCUGUUUUGAUUACCAUUCAUAUUUAUAUACAGAUUUUAUACCAUAGGUUCAUAAUAACUAAAAAAAAUAUUCGUACAUUCAGGCAAGAGAGAAGACUGGCGCUUCACAACAAACCCAAUCAUUAAGAGCGAUUCCGAUAUUGAACGACAUGCUUCAAUCCCCAGAAACAUCAAAUGAGAUGCGUACCUGUCAUAAAUGAUUCCACCAGUCGCUUGACAGACAUCCAAGCAGCACAAAAAAAAGUUAAUAGAACGCGCACUUGGCCAUUUGCUCCGCCACUUCGUCUAGUGCGUGCUGGCAACGGCGUCUACCGUGCAGACAGGAGGGCUGCCGCUACCGGAGAGUGCCGAGUGGUGAAAAGCUCACUUAGUCGAGGAGGAAAAAAGCCCACCCUUAGUGCCAAUAAUGACCACUUUAUCACAUCCCUUCAAAGACAGUCCGGAGCCGCUGGAAGUGCCCAAAGAGCAUGCCGCCAACGUGGACACCCUGUACGAAUGGAUAAAAGAACAGCCACGGUUUCCUGCCUUCUCCAAAAAUCAUGCCCACCUAUUCCUGCACGCCUGUCUCUGGAACGUGGACGAUGCCAAAAAAGCGCUACAGAAGUACUCGCAGAUUCACGCCAACUCGCCGGAAAUCUUCGACAACCGAGACAUCAUGGGAGCAGGUGUGCAGAUGACACUGAACGCCACACACAUGGUAGCACUGCCAAGGACGACGCCGGAAGGCUACCGGUUGCUCUACUACCGACUUUCCGACACGGAUCCGUCCAAGAUGAACUUUACCGAGGCGGUGAAAUCGUUCUGCAUGUUCAACGACGCCCAGAUCAGUGUGGACGGCAUUAUGGAGGGGUACAUCGUCAUCUUCGACAUGAAGGGCGUCCGGUUGGGGCAUCUGGCCCGCGUACAGUUUAGCCCGCUGCGAGUGUUCAUGAGCUACAUCCAGGAUGCGCAUCCGGUGCGGCUGAAGAAGAUCUACAUCGUGCACACGGCGUCGUUCAUCAAUCAGGUGAUGGCACUGGUGAAACCGCUGAUCAAGUCGGAACUACUCGGGCUGCUGCAGUUCACGACCGCCGGCCCAGAAGAGAUCGUCGGUGUUGACUACUUGCCGAAGGACUUUGGUGGACCGUUCGAUGAGGUCGCGACAAUGCACGCGGAGCAGAAGAAGCGCCUCGAGACGGAGUAUCGAGAUUGGCUGAUGGAUUCCGGUGCACUGAAGGAAGCGCCCAAGCAGAAAAACUCCAACUCCAACUCCAUCAAACCGCCGGUCAAAGCGUUUCGGGGGCUCGAAAUCGACUAGUGCGGGUGGCUUGGCCAGAUAUCGGUCUGUUCGUGAUAUUAUUGGGUUCUAGUGGAUGCAAUAAAUGGAUAGAAGGGUGUUUUUUUUCGUGUUGUUCCA